ACGCAGACGCAAGAAAGCUGACGUGGCAAGAUCGCAACCCUCGACGAAACUGGUAAGAGUAAAUCGGAAAUCUUCAAUCCAAUCUUCCCUCUUAUCCGAUUCCCCCCAAUCGAACCAAUUGACCCCGGCGGCGAAAGGGCUUAUAUCAGCCCAAACCCGCCUGAGUCGACUCGCUCGCCGUGCCCGCCGGUCCUUUCGCAUUCCGCCGGUAAACUUAGUCGCUCCGACAUAGGAAAAUGAACAUCCCGUAUCUAAACAGCGGUGGCGGUCCAUCAGUUGCGUGGAGGAGCUCUUCCAUCGUAUCCGUCCAGCUAGGGUUUUGCUUCAACAAUUUCAAUGGAGUUUUAUUUCCUCCUCCUUUCUCUAUACACUACAUCUCCCGCCGGAAUUUGCGAGUUUCAUGCUCCUCCCCAUCUUCCUCCACUGAUCCGCUCUUGGUUAAGGCUGCGAGAGGUGAGGCCGUUGUUCGGCCUCCGGCGUGGAUGAUGCGGCAAGCGGGAAGGUACAUGGCCGUUUACAGAAAGCUAGCCGAGAAAUACCCGUCCUUCAGGGAGAGGUCGGAGACAACUGAACUCAUUGUGCAAAUUUCUUUGCAGCCCUGGGAAGCUUUCCGCCCAGACGGUGUGAUUAUUUUCUCUGACAUACUUACGCCGCUGCCGGCAUUUGGUGUGUCUUUUGACAUAGAAGACGUGAGGGGUCCUGUUAUUCAGUCUCCGAUUCGCUCCGAGGAGCAUUUGAAGACCCUGCAUCCCAUUGAACUGGACAAGCUACAAUUCGUCGGGGACUCGCUUAGGUUACUUCGCAACGAGGUUGAAGGGCAAGCAGCUGUUCUUGGUUUUGUGGGAUCGCCUUGGACGAUUGGUACGUAUAUAGUAGAAGGGGGUACGACUCGCACGUAUACAGCGAUAAAGAGCAUGUGCCAUACGGCACCACAUGUACUGAGGGCUCUCCUCGCUCAUUUGGCGAAGGCAAUAGCUGAUUAUGCUGUUUAUCAAGUCGAGUCCGGGGCUCAUUGCAUUCAGAUAUUUGAUUCUUGGGGCGGACAGCUAUCUCCCGCUAUGUGGGAGAUCUGGUCAAAACCGUAUAUCAAAGAGAUAGUCAGUACAGUCAAGAGCAAAUGUCCUGGCACACCCCUCGUUCUGUACAUUAAUGGAAAUGGUGGCCUGCUGGAACGUAUGAAAGAUACUGGAGUUGAUGUGAUUGGACUUGACUGGACUGUGGAUAUGGCAGAUGGUAGGAAGCGUUUGGGACAUGAAAUCAGUGUACAAGGAAAUGUCGACCCUGCUUACUUGUUCUUACCGCUCCCUGCCAUUACCGAUGAAAUUCACAGGUAGGAUCCUCAGUUUUGUUUGCCCAACUUGUGUCUAAUUACAACGAUAACGUGUUCCAUCGCAUUCCCCACAAACUUUAGAAGCUCACCAGUAAGGAAAGGAAAAAAAAUGGAAGUAAAUACUUAUUGUCCACCAUGGCUGGGAAGAUCAAAUGUUCGUGAAUGACAACUAUUAAGCUAGACGUUUCUGUAUUGUUCAUGAAUUAAUUUGCGACUGGAAGAGAGCUAUAUAUGUUCUUUUACUUCAUGUAAUCAUAUAAAAUGCCUGCUGUUAUAGUCUUCCUGAGUGUCACUGAUUUCUGUUCCUUUGAUCAGAGUGGUGAACUGCGCUGGACCAAGAGGGCACAUUCUGAACCUGGGACAUGGCGUUCUUGUUGGAACGCCUGAAGAAGCCGUCGCACACUUCUUCGAUGUUACUAAAAGCCUGAACUUUGCCGCGCCUGUACAGGAUCACCUUGUGGCUGCAGCGACCUAGUGAGCGUGUACAAGCUCAAGAUCAUCCCUUCAAACCUCCUCUGUUGUCUAUAUUUGGAAGUUGCUGUAACUAU